CCUUAAUUAACUUCAUGAAUUUCAGCGCGGUAGGAAACCGGAUCGACGUCCGGAUUCUCAAGAUGCGCUCCUUUCUCUCAGCGCCAAUAUGCCCGUCAUGCCUAUUCGCAGCGAGCAACUCAACAGCCUUCCAAAGUGCCUAUCGACCAUGGGUGGCGGCGCAACAACGAUUCUUCAAUGCCCGAGGAAGAGCUAGACCUUCGAGGAUGGUCCUGUCCGACCGUGUCGCACGCUCUUUUUUACGAAACAAAGAUGGUGAUAGUCGUGGAAGUAGAAGACCUAGUCAGAGAUCAGCAGGACCGUUUGGCGGCAUGAAUCAAACAUACGCCAACAUACAAGAACGUAUACCAGAAGGGACAUCUCGAACGAGCGAGAUCAGAGGCGGUAGAGACGAGAAGGGUGAUAGGAAGGACGACCGAAGAACGAAAGCUAUGAAAAUGCAAAGCUCCUUAGCCACAAUUUCAUACGGCCACAGAACACGAACGAAAGCGAGCAUAGCCGAGAUGGAGUCGUUUGAACAAUUCGAACUGUUACCCUCGAUCAAAGAAGCCAUGUCCCAAGACGUGUUAAAAGACAUGGUGGACAUAAAGCCCACUCCUAUUCAACGACUCGCGAUUCCUGCACUUCUAGGUCAGGACACCGGCCGACGGUCCUCUCGAGCGAAAGGAGCGAAAGAUAGUAACGAGAGGCAAGAAUUUCUAUUAGCAGCUGAGACGGGUUCGGGCAAAACGCUAGCCUACCUGCUACCCGUGAUCGAUGCUCUUAAGAAGGCCGAAGCUUCUGAUCCUGCCAUCGCGGCCUACCGAGAAUAUUUCGAUAAGCAGAUGGCAGCAAUGAAGGAACCAGGAUACACCGGUCCCCGAGAAUUCGAUCCUCAUCCGACCGCCGCACGGCCAAAGGUCGUCGUGUUAGUGCCAACAGCUGAGUUAGUUGACCAAGUAGGUCGUGUUGCAAAGGCUCUAUCGCAUAUUGUGAAGUUUAGGGCUGGUUUGUUCUCUGCCAACGUCUCCGCAAGGGUUAUCAAUGCGACCAUGUACUCGCCUACUGGCAUCGAUAUUAUCGUGACAACACCUCAUUUACUAUCAUCGAUGGCAGACUCGGAUCCCUACAUCCUAUCUAGAGUCACUCAUUUAGUAGUUGAUGAAGCCGAUUCGCUUUUCGAUCGCAGCUUUUCACCUGUGACGACAGACAUUUUAGACCGUGCGCUACCAUCUAUGAAGCAACUGAUCCUUUGCUCUGCUACUAUUCCAAAAAGACUCGAUAACUACCUAGGUUCUGAAUUCCCGGAUAUGGUCCGGAUUACUACGCCAAAUCUCCACGCCAUCCCUCGACGCGUUCAACUAGGAGUUAUUGACGUAACUAAAGAUCCUUACCGAAAUAGCAAAGACCUUGCUUGUGCUGAUGCAAUCUGGUCCAUCGGAAAAGAUGCCUUCCGACAUCAGGGCCCCGUACCUGGAGAGGUCGAUGUCAAGCGCAUUAUGGUAUUUGUUAAUGAGCGCGAGAAGACCCAAGAGGUCGCUGACUUCCUUGUCUCCAAGGGCAUUGACGCUGUUGCGCUACACCGGGACACCUCGGAACAACGUCAAUCUGAAAUGCUGGAUGCGUUUACUACCACCGCGCCAUUAAAAGAAAUACUCGCAAAGUCCAAGGUGCCACCCCCAGGAAGAGGACGCAGAACUUUGCCUAAUACCAAGGUCAUCGUGGCCACAGACUUGGCUUCGAGGGGUAUUGAUACCCUGGCGGUUCGAUAUGUAAUAUUAUACGACGUACCGCACAGCACCAUCGAUUUUAUACACCGCUUAGGACGUGCCGGUCGCAUGGGUAGGAGAGGAAGAGGUGUUGUGUUAGUCGGCAGGGGCGACCGGCGGGAUAUCAUUGCUGAGGUCAGAGAAAGCAUGUUCAUGGGUCAGGCACUUAUAUAAGACGAGCGCCUUGUAAAAAUGAAGUGUACAAUUUGUAUAGCUGAAAAUGUGUAUAUAACUUUAGAAUUUUUAAAUACCCCGGCGAUAUUCUUCUCUGUA